UCGGCAAUUUGCUGUGAAGUAGAGGGGGAGAAGCUUGGUGAGCGGGAAAAAGAAAAAAAAAAGUAGAAAAGAACUUUGGCGAGAGGGAGAUGGAUUGGAAAUCGACGUUCCGUUUCAACUUCAGCUUUCGAAACAACAGUUUGCGAUCCUCGAGCAAGGCGGAGAAGUUGAUUCCAGCAGAUGACGAAAGAGAUGGUGGUUCAUCUCCCUCUGCUGUGCCUGCGCGGGAAGUUUUGUCGACAGAGGCAAUUGCUAGCAGCUUGGCUCCUGAGACGAUAACCUUGCACCGUGGCCUUACGCUUCUCAAGGGUCGUGUUUCAUCAUCAGAGUUUUCUCAUCUCGGAUGCUCUCACUCAGAUCUGAUUCCCGGCAAAUAUGAAGGUGGGAUGAAACUAUGGGAGUGCACAAUCGACCUGAUCGAAACACUGCGGCAAGAGCUUCAGGACGGACGGCUGUCCUUCAGGGGCAAAGAUGUGCUGGAGUUGGGCUGCGGACAUGGCCUCCCUGGCAUCUUGGCAUGCAUCAAGGGUGCACGCAGUGUUCACUUCCAGGACUUCAAUGUUGAUGUUCUUCGUGCACUGACUAUUCCCAAUGUGGAGAGAAAUCUUGAACAUGCGAAAAUCCAAGCUCCUCGUCCAAGUGAUGGUCCGGUGAGACUAACGCCGACAAGAAAGCCCAGAGUUCGAUACUUUGCCGGUGACUGGUCGGAUGUCGGCCGCUUGCUCUCGAUCUCCGAGCGCGGUGCCUCUGCUACGGCUAUGGUGGAGAUGGCACAAGAGCAAAUGGGCCCAUCGUCUGCUGAGGCAACAGUGACGUCCGGCAGAGACAAAGUUUUGCAUACAUCUCCGCUCGCAAGCUUAUCCGCAAGUUCAUCAAACGACAGGGAAGGCGUUCCACAGGAGCCACAGAAAGGCUUUGCUGGGCCUCUUGAGGGCAUUGUUGCGGAGGAGGUCGGACCGAAUUGUGAGAGGGACGUUGUUGCCGAUAGAAGCCCCGACGGCAGCGAUGAAGUCAACGUCGAAGGUGACAGAGCAGAAGGAGAUGAAAAAAAUCGCAACGAUGCGGCACCACUGGCACAAGAGCCUUGCCGUUACGACGUCAUACUGAUGUCCGAAACGGUUUAUUCGCCUGCGUCCUUGCCGAAAUUGUACGCGCUUCUGAAGAAGGUGAGCACCGUGAAUGUACUUGACAUCAGACUGUUUGAUUGUCGCCCCCAACUGUUCAUCUCUUUCACUACCUUCUGCAAAGUGGGAGUCUAGGGGAAAAAGAGGAGGAGGAGGAGUCCAAAAGGUAGCGAAUAAACUUGUGUUCCACAG